AAUCAGUUUCUUUACAUUUAUCAAUACUCUCCCCAAAUGUUCUCAAGGUAGGUUGGAUUAUGAUGUCAGAUGUUCUUCAGAUUCUACUGAAUGUAUAUUCCAUAGAACCCUGCCUCCUGACACAAUAUCCUGUAUCUGCCAUAGAGCCCAAUGCUGGUUAUCACUAACAAUGAACAUAAUCAUUUGAUCAGAGAUAGGACAAUAACAAAACAACAUUAUUUAUGAAGUUAACCAGAUCUCAUUGGUGCCCACAGUUCCUACAUGAGGGAGGCUUGCGUGACAGGAGAAAUCUGAUUGGUCCUGUUUGCUCUGUAUAUAGUGAUGUAGUCCACCACACAGAACUCACCUCUCUGUUUUACACCAUAGCCUCAGGAUCAGAGUACUUACAACAUGAGACCCAGGAGGACAAGCUGAAGAGGGAGGCAUCAGCUGGUGAGCUUGUUAAAAUGGCAGAGUCCAACGUUGAUAAUCAGUUUAAACUCACCUCAGAAGACUAUGUGUUUUCUGAUGUUGGUGAAGAGGUCACCCUUCCCUGUCACCUCUCACCUGAUAACAGUGCUGUUGCAUCGACGAUCAGGUGGUUUAAAGAGACAGAGUGUAUUUACCUGUAUCAGAAUGGCCAGGUGACAGAGAGGAGUGGCUAUGAGGGCAGACUGAGUCUGAUCACCCAGGAGCUGGAUAGAGGCAAUGUGUCUCUGAGGCUGAGAGACUUCAGGAGGCCAGAUAGAGUAGUCUACAUAUGUCAGGUCAUCCAUGGAGAACAGAAGAUGGAGGCUGCAGUGGGUUUAUGGGAGAGAGAAGGUAAGUGUUGUAGAAGUCCAGUAAUGUUUCUAAACACCUAAACAACAACAAUAACAACCAGUCUCUUUCCCUGUACAGAACACUUGUACUUUCUCAUGUAGGUAGGAGUUCAUAGUAGGAGUUACAGAUGAAUAGACUAGAUUCAUUCUGAAUAUCAACUAGUUACAAUGCAUAUUACCAUCACUGUGAGCUCUGAGCUGGUCCUAAAGCAUUAGAACCAUUCCAACAUUACUGUCACGUCCCUUGAUUGUCAUUAGUAAUGAAUGUGAUGAACACUCAUACCCCUCUGAUGUAUAUCACAUCACUAUGGUAUAUGAGAGGAUAAUGUGACAGAUGGUGAUUUGAAGGUAAUGAUAAUAACUAAUGUAUUCUGUUUUACAUGAUCAUUAUUCAUGACUCUCCAUCUUGGAUAAUGGAUGAUCAGUACGGGGUGAGUAAUUUCUUAUUUGUCUGUUUUGUUUAUUGAAAGAACAGACCAGAGUGUUAAUCUGAUACUAUAAAAACUACAGGCCUUGUGAACAGCAGUGUGUCUUCUUCAAGGCUACAAAUUAAAUCAGUUUCUUUACAUUUAUCAAUACUCUCCCCAAAUGUUCUCAAGGUAGGUUGGAUUAAGAUGUAUAGAUGUUCUUCAAAUUAUCCAGAAUUUUCAUAUCAUAGAUCUCCCACAAUAUAUCUGCCAUAGAGGUCAACAUUUCACAUAGUCCUCCAACAAUAUACAGUUGAAGUCAGAAGUUUACAUACACUUAUGUUGGAGUCAUUAAAACUUGUUUGUCAACCACUCCACACAUUUCUUGUUAACAAACUAUAUUUUUGGCAAGUCGGUUAGGACAUCUACUUUGUGCAUGAUUCAAGUAAUGUUUCCAACAAUUGUUUACAGACAGAUUAUUUAACUUGUAAUUCACUGUAUCACAAUUCCAGUGGGUCAGAAGUUAACAUACACUAAGUUGACUGUGCCCUUAAAUAGCUUGGAAAAUUCAAGAAACGGAUGUCAUGGCUUUAGAAGCUUCUGAUAGGCUAAUUGACAUCAUUUGAGUCAAUUGGAGGUGUACCUGUGGAUGGAUUUCAAGGCCUACUGUCAAACUCAGUGCCUCUUUGCUUGACAUCAUGGGAAAAUGAAAAGAAAUCAGCCAAGACCUCAGAGAAAAAAUUGUAGACCUCCACAAGUCUGGUUCAUCCUUGGGAGCAAUUUCCAAACUCCUGAAGGUACCACGUUCAUCUGUACAAACAAUAGUACGCAAGUAUAAACACCAUGGGACCACGCAGCCGUCAUACCACUCAGGAAGGAGACGCUUUCUGUCUCCUAGAGAUGAACGUACUUUGGUGUGAAAAGUGCAAAUCAAUCCCAGAGCAACAGCAAAGGACCUUGUGAAGAUGCUGGAGGAAAGAGGUACAAAAGUAUCUAUAUCCACAGUAAAACGAGUCCUAUAUCGACAUAACCUGAAAGGCCACUUAGCAAGGAAGAAGCCAGUGCUCCAAAACCGCCAUAAAAAAACAGACUACGGUUUGCAACUGCACAUGGGGACAAAGAUUGUACUUUUUGGAGAAAUAUCCUCUGGUCUGAUUAAACAAAAAUAGAACUGUUUAGCCUUGAUGACCAUCGUUAUGUUUGGAAGAAAAAGGGGGAGGCUUGCAAGCCGAAGAACAUCAACCCCAAACGUGAAGCAUUGGGGGUGGCAGCAUCAUAUUGUGGGGGUGCUUUGCUGCUGGAGGGACUGGUGCACUCACAAAAUAGAUGGCAUCAUGAGGUAGGUAAAUUAUGUGGAUAUAUUGAACAUCUCAAGACAUCAGUCAGGAAGUUAAAGCUUGGUCGCAAACGGGUCUUCCAAAUGGACAAUGACCCCAAGCAUACUUCCAAAGUUGUGGCAAAAUGGCUUAAGGACAACAAAGUCAAGGUAUUGGAGUGGCCAUCAAAAAGCCCUGACCUCAAUCCUACAGAAUAUGUGUGGGCAGAACUGAAAGGGUGUGCGAGCAAGGAGGCCUACAAACCUGACUCAGUUACACCAGCUCUGUCAGCAGGAAUGGGCCAAAAUUCACCCAACUUAUUGUGGGAAGCUUGUGGAAGGCUACCCGAAAUGUUUGACCCAACUUAAACAAUUUAAAGGCAAUGCACACAAAUACUAAUUGUGUGUAUGUAAACUUCUGACACACUGACAUCAUAACUGACCUAAAACAGGGCAUUUUUUACCAGGAUUAAAUGUCAGGGAUUGUGAAAAACUGAGUUUAAAUGUAUUUGGCUAAGGUGAAUGAAAAUUUCCGACUUCAACUGUAUCUGCCAUAGAGGUCAACAUUGCACUCCAAAAUGAAAAUAGAAUCAGCUUGAAUUUAUCUUGAUGUCUUAUUAUGAAGCAUUCAGUCAUUCUCAGACUGCUCACAUAGUAGUGCUGCUUACAUCCCUUUCCCUAGAUGUACAUUAGUAAUGAAUGUGAUGAACAGUCAUAUCAAUAUGAUGUAUGGUAUUUCAUUAAAUUAUGACAUGAGACAGAAAUUCAAUGAACAAUAUUAACUAAUGUAUUCUGUUUUACAUGAUCAUUAUUCAUGACUCUCCAUCUUGGAUAAUGGAUGAUCAGGAGCAAGA